GCGCGUUGAUGAGCUGGGAGGAGGAGCGCAUCCUUCCGCUCGUUGUCCGUGCGGUAUGUGCGUAAAGUUGAUUCUUUGGACGCACUCUGGAUGUGUUUUUGGACCGAAUCGUUACUUGGAUGUGUGUGAGAAGAGCUGCUUUGGACUCCUCGGUGAAAAGGUCUGACAAGUGUGUCCGAGAGAGCCGGAGGGAAAAAAAAAAAGAAAAAAAGGAGGAAUAUAGCUGAGAGAGACAAUGCGGGUGUGCGCGCCGCUCACCCCUCCUUAUUACAGUUCACACCCGCGUUCAACACGAGGUGAUGCGCGGAAGAUGUGAGAGGACUUUCUCUUGAUUUGUCCAAUUUUUUUUAUUGCAUUUUAUUUAACAUUCCCGCUUAGAGAAAAAAAAAAUCGUUUUGAUUGAGAGAAAAAUAAUAAUAACAAUGAAAUUUCCAGUGGAGAACCCGAUGAAGCAAGUUAAUUGGGACCCAGAAGCAGCGGCAGUCCAGACCAAUUUGGCUCCUCCCAAAAAGGUUCAACCUGGGAUGGUUAAGUCAAGCCUGGUCCAGGCCAGUGUGGCAACCAUGCAGAACCCCAUGGGUUACGACCCAAAAGCUAAUGGCCACUGCCCACUGCCACGCCUUUCCAUCUCCUCUCGCUCUGCAAGCAUGGUGGCCAGCAUGGACACCAGCUGUGACUGCUCAAUGGCAGCGCUACAUUCAGUGAUGAAGUGGAAGACGGUGGUGGCGGUGUUCGUAGUGGUGGUGCUCUACCUGGUGUGUGGCGGGUUAGCGUUCAGGGCACUGGAGCAGCCAUUCGAAAGCAACCAGAAGACCAGUAUCACUCUGGAGAAGGCUUCAUUUUUGGACAGGCACCCCUGUGUUACUCCUGAUGAGCUGGAGGCUCUUAUCAAGCAUGCUAUCGAUGCUGUCAGUGCAGGAGUGAGUCCUAUUGGAGACACGUCCUACAAUUCCAGUUACUGGGAACUGGGCAGUGCAUUCUUCUUUGCUGGAACUGUCAUCACAACUAUAGGUUAUGGAAACAUAGCUCCAAGAACAGAGGGUGGGAAGAUCUUCUGCAUUCUGUACGCCAUAUUUGGAAUCCCUCUCUUUGGAUUCUUGCUGGCGGGGAUUGGCGACCAGCUCGGGACCAUCUUCGUGAAAAGCAUCUUGAGAGUUGAGAAGAUAUUCAGGCAAAAACACAAACAGAUCAGCCAGACAAAGAUUCGAGUGACAUCCACAAUCCUGUUCAUCCUGGCUGGAUGCAUCGUCUUCGUCGCCAUUCCCACGGUCAUCUUCAAAUACACCGAGGGCUGGACCACACUGGAGGCCAUCUACUUUGUAGUCAUCACACUCACCACAGUGGGAAUAGGAGAUUAUGUAGCAGGUGGAAACCGUAAGAUUGACUAUAGGAAAUGGUACAAGCCCCUUGUGUGGUUCUGGAUCUUGGUGGGUUUGGCAUACUUUGCAGCUGUCCUCAGCAUGAUUGGAGACUGGCUCCGAGUGCUGUCUAAAAAGACCAAAGAGGAGGUUGGGGAGUUUAAAGCUCACGCAGCUGAGUGGAAGGCAAAUGUCCGUGCUGAGUUUCGUGAAACACGGCGUCGCUUGAGCGUCGAGGUCCAUGACAAGCUCCAGAGAGCCGCCACUAUCCGCAGCAUGGAGCGCCGUCAGCUGGGCCUGGAGCAGCGAGCCCACUCCUUGGACAUGCUGUCUCCAGAGAAAAGGGCCAUGUUUGCCAGCCUGGAUGCCGGACGCUUCAAGACGUCCUCCCAGGAGAGCAUCGACACCAAGUUGAACAACCUGAGGCUGAAGGGAGCCUGCGAGCCGUAUGACAAUCGAGGGGGCGACAAACCGCAACAGACGGCGUCUUCUUCCGAGGAUAACCUUUUUAACCUGCGGUUCAGAUCCCUCACCAAGUUGGCCAGACGCCACAAAAACAGUGAGCUGCGGAGGAACAUUCCCGAUGACGUUCGGCGGGCGUGUGAAGGCAUCACCAAUGACAGUGCCAUGUUGGGGGAGGAGCGGAAGGAAGAAGAAGAAGAAGAUGAGGAGCUGGAUGAGGAAAAUGGAGAAAGAAAAGAGGCGAAUGCCAGUCUGUCAAACCUGGAGCAAUACGCGACGGAGCGCAGUAAAUUAAAUGAAUUCAUUCAGUUCAAAGAGACAGAUGCCAAUUAGAUAUCAGGUGGAAGAGUACUGUAGCUGCAGGGAAAGACACGCACAGAUCGAAGGAAACAGAAAUAUACUUUGAGGUGUCAAGAAAUGUGCCUUCCUAUGCUUAGAUUGGAACUGCUCCCAGAAAAUAUUGUGCCAUAGCGACGGGAAUGCCAAAAAGACAGAAGACGCGAUAGUUCAAAUACCUCAUUUUGGAUGCAGCUGUACAAACGGAUUUCUACAAAA